UAAAAAUCCACUCAAAAACCCUACUGAAAAGUCUGCACAGCUUGCACCAACUGCUGCAAAACCCUCUUCCCGCCUCUUCUCUCUCCUCUCCAGCUUCACUUUUUUCCUUUGAAUUCUUAGCAGGGAAACAAGACAGCACAGAGACAGUGAAAUGCGUUUGAGGGAUGCAGAAGCUGAUACGAAGAAGCCCUUCUGGCCUUCCACUUCUUUGUACUUCUUCCAUUAAACCCUCUCUUUCUUUUCUUUCUCUUUCUCUUUCUCUUCCUUUCUCCUUUCCUGCCACCAACAGUACCCGUUUUACGAUGCCCACUGCUGCUCUCUCUGGCAGCGGCUUAGCCCUCGCCGCUGCCGCCGCUCUUACCAACAAAAACCCUUCUUUUUCCCGGCGGUUCUACACUACCUCUACUUGUAGUAUUUACCAGCCCUGCUCAAAUGCAAGAACCCAUCUACGGGGUUGGCCUGGGAGGAUUGGGAUUCGGCCAGCUCGGUGCCAUUCGGGUGGUGUAGAGGAGGCUUUGGGUCCCGUUGAAGGAUCGAAGAGUUUGGGUGAUGAAGAAGGGAAAGAAGAGGAAGGGAAGCCGAUGAGGCUGAAUAGAAGGCAAAAGGGUUCAGGGGUUUUAGUGGGGAGUCCGGAUUUGUUGACAAUUCCAGGUGUAGGACCUAGAAAUUUGAGGAAGCUCGUUGAGAAUGGGAUUCAGGGUGUUGCCGAGCUCAAGCAAUUGUACAAGGAUAAGUUUUUUGGGAAGGCUAGUCAGAAGAUGGUUGAGUUUUUACAAAGUUCUGUUGGGAUUAUCCACAGAAAUCAUGCAGAGAGUAUAACAACUUUUAUUAAAGAAAGUGUGGAUGAAGAACUGAAGGAUUCAGACUCUGACGUAAAGCCAGCUGCAAAGAAACGGUUAACAUUCUGUGUUGAAGGAAAUAUUAGUGUUGGAAAGACAACAUUCCUUCAGAGAAUAGCUAAUGAAACACUGGAGCUACGUGACCUUGUUGAGAUUGUUCCAGAACCCAUUGAUAAGUGGCAGAAUGUUGGACCUGACCAUUUCAAUAUAUUAGACGCGUUUUAUGCUGAACCAGAGAGGUAUGCCUAUACCUUUCAAAAUUAUGUCUUUGUUACAAGGGUUAUGCAGGAGAGAGAGUCAUCUGGGGGAAUUAAGCCACUCAGGUUGAUGGAAAGGAGCGUUUUCAGCGACAGGAUGGUGUUUGUACGAGCUGUUCAUGAAGCAAAUUGGAUGAAUGAGAUGGAGAUCAGCAUUUAUGACUCAUGGUUUGAUCCAGUUGUAUCAUGCUUGCCUGGACUUAUUCCUGAUGGUUUUAUUUAUCUAAGGGCAAGUCCCGAUACAUGCCAUAAGAGGAUGAUGCUGCGAAAGAGAACAGAAGAGGGUGGAGUGAGCCUAGAUUAUCUCCGAGACUUGCAUGAAAAGCAUGAGAGUUGGCUUUUCCCAUUCCAAAGUGGAAAUCAUGGAGUGCUGUCUGUUAGUAAGUUGCCUGUCCAUAUGGACAGCUCUUUGCAUCCUGAUAUUAGAGAUCGAGUGUUCUAUUUAGAGGGUAAUCAUAUGCAUUCUAGCAUUCAAAAGGUUCCUGCUUUGGUUCUUGACUGUGAACCCAACAUUGAUUUCAGCAGAGAUAUUGAAGCAAAGAGACAGUAUGCACGUCAAGUAGCAGAGUUUUUUGAAUUUGUGAAGAAAAAGAAGGAAGUCUCAUCCACUAAAGCUGGUGAAGAAGGUCAAGUAAAUAGCCAACCUCAGAUUCUACUGCCCCAUGCAGGUGGAUUAUGGGUAGCAGAUGGAAAACAUUUCCCUGAUUCCGCUCUGAAAUCUCUAGAUUUCCGGCGAGCCAUGUCAUUCAUGUCUGGCUCAGGCUAGUCAGUUUUUGGCACGGCCCCUUUUUCCCUAAUCUUGGAUUUGCAUCUAGAGUUUUCAGCUUUGGUUGGUUGUGACUCUGGGUGGGCAUGUCUCUUGUAAAAAUGUGUUUUUAACCGUUAACCUGUAGGAAUGUAGAGAUAGUCGUAAUGCUUGUUGGAUGCUUGGGUAAUUCUUACCGUCUGACUGUCAAGUCACUGAAGCUCUAUUUUUGUUACUAGGAAGUAGCUUCAUGUACUGCAUUUGUUUGGUGUGACGGCUUUCCAUUAAGUGGUGCUUGCAGUGCUAGUAAAAAUUCUAAAUUUCUAAAGAUGAAAUGGACCGACUUAUACGGGCAUUUAUA